ACUGGAAAACCAGAGCUUCUUCUUCCAGCAUCUAACAGUCAUUUGGAAUCUGGUAGCUCGCACGGAAGUCACUCAACAACAUUGAUUUGUCUCUCUAUCUCUACCUUCUAGUCAAACACGAGAAUGUUCGGGUCACAUCAUUAUCCUGUUCUGUAUUCCAUUCAUGAACUUCUUAGCAUCCAUCUCGACAGCGCAACAACCAGGUUGUUCUCAUGGGAAGAAAUAAGCUCUUCUCCAUCUUCAAAUUCAAAUCAGAUUUACGUAGCACGCGGGAAAGUCUCCUCAAGGAUCGAAAUAAUGAUGUCCAUCAAGAUGGGCAGCACAGUUCUGUUUUUAAAUUCUUUCGGCAUUUCAUGUCUGGAGAUAAAAUUAAUGGGGGUUCAAGGUUGGAAGAAGAGAAGGUUCGUUCAUGGUUAUACGCCUUAGCUCAAUCGGAGAAGGAUUUGGUCUUUGAAUACGUUCGAUCCACUGAAAGGGGCUUGAGCUUUGCCGAAGCUGAACGUAGGUUAAAAAAAUACGGGCCAAAUAUUCCUUUUCAAUAUGAAUUUCUUCGCUGGUGGCAUCUUCUGUGGAAUGCUUUCUUUCAUCCAUUCAAUAUCAUUUUGAUUGUCCUAUCGGCAUUGUCGUACAUAACAAGUGAUACUCCAAAUGGGGGAAUCAUGCUGCUAUUGGUCUUCAUCAGCGUGUCUCUCCGGUUUUACCAGGAAUGCAGCAGUUCAAAGGCAGCCAUGAAACUUUCAGAAUAUGUAAGAUGCCCAAUUAAAGUUCAAAGAUGUGCUGGAAGGGUUGUUCAGACUGAAUUAAUAGUCCAGGUAGAUCAAAGGGAUGUUGUACCAGGAGACAUUGUCGUCUUUGAGCCUGGGGACCUCUUUCCUGGUGAUGUGAGACUAUUAUCUUCAAAACACUUGGUAGUAAGUCAGUCCUCAUUGACAGGGGAGUCCUGGAUGACUGAAAAAACAGCAGCAGUUAGAGAAGAUCAGAAUAUUCCCUUGCUAGAGUUAAGGAAUAUUUGCUUCAUGGGAACAAACGUGGUAUCUGGUAGUGGAACUGGUCUGGUUGUCUCUACUGGAUCUAAGACCUACAUGAGCACUGUGUUUUCAGAUAUAGGGAAGAAGAAACCACCAGAUGACUUUGAGAAAGGCAUCCGGCAAAUGUCUUACGUGCUUGUUGGUUCUAUCCUGAUUGUAGUCAUAAUCAUAAUAUUGGCUGAUUACUAUACAUCUUUUGAUUGGAGUGGAAGUAUUCUUUUUGGUAUUUCUGUUGCAUGUGCCCUCACUCCUCAGAUGCUUCCUCUAAUUAUCAGCACAAAUCUUGCUAAAGGAGCACUUGCCAUGGCCAGAGAAAGAUGCAUUAUCAAAAGCUUAGACACCAUAAGAGAUAUGGGAUCAAUGGAUAUCCUGUGCAUUGACAAAACAGGGACUCUAACCAUGAACCACACCAUCAUGGUUAAUCAUCUGGACAGCUUCGGAUCACCGAACGAGAAUGUCUUACGCUUUGCCUUCCUCAACUCUUACUUCAAGACUGAUCAGAAGUAUCCGCUAGAUGCUGCAAUUUUAGCAUAUGUAUAUACAAGUGGUUACAAGUUCCAGCCCUCCAUGUGGAGAAAGAUAGAUGAGAUCCCGUUUGAUUUUAUUCGGAGAAGAAUGUAUAUUAUUCUGGAAAAAGAACCAAAUACAGAAGACAUAAGCAAUCCAUUUCUUGGCAGAUUCAUGGUAACAAAAGGUGCACUUGAAGAAGUAAUGAAAGUUUGUUCUUUUGUUGAGCAUUUUGAUAGGGGUGGAGUGACACGUUUCUCUCUAGAUGACCAUCACAGGAUUCUAGAUAUGGUAGAAGAUCUGAGCAAUGAGGGACUGAGGGUUAUAGGCGUUGCAAUAAAAAAGCUAAAACCAGAGACAAGUGAGCUUGGUAUGGCAAAUGAGCACACUGCUGAAUCAGAUAUGGUGUUCCUUGGCCUCAUAACAUUCUAUGACCCGCCUAAGGACUCAGCAAAGCAAGCUCUUUGGCGAUUGGCAGAGAAGGGAGUAAAAGCUAAAGUGUUAACCGGGGAUUCACUUUCUUUGGCAAUAAAGAUUUGCAAGGAAGUUGGCAUCAGCACAACUCAUGUAACUACAGGACCUGAACUGGAGCUACUCAGCCAAGACUGCUUCCAUGAAACUGUUAGGAGAGCAACAGUGCUUGCUCGGCUCACCCCUUCUCAAAAACUCCAAGUUGUACAAUCACUACAAACAGUUGGUAAACAUGUCGUUGGUUUCAUGGGUGAUGGCAUAAAUGAUUCACUAGCACUUGAUGCUGCAAAUAUCGGUAUAUCAGUGGACUCAGGAGUGUCAGUAGCCAAAGAUUUUGCAGACAUAAUCUUGCUGGAGAAAGAUCUCAAUGUCCUUGUUGCUGGAGUAGAACAGGGUCGUCUCACUUUCGGCAAUACAAUUAAGUACAUAAAAGCAUCAGUUAUUGCUAAUGUAGGAAGUAUCUUGUCUCUUCUAAUAGCAACUUUCUUCCUUCGUGCCGAGCCACUGACUCCAAAGCAGCUUUUAACACAGAACUUCUUGUCCAGCAUUGGCCAGAUUGCGAUUCCAUGGGACAAGAUGGAAGAAGAUUAUGUGAAAACUCCUCAAAGAUGGUCUAUAAAAGGGUUGCCUAUGUUCCUGCUAUGGAAUGCUCCUGUCUGCACCUUCUCUGAUGUGGCUACUCUUCUAUUCCUUCUGUUCUAUUACAAGGCUGCCACUGAGCCUGAAAUCAAGUUGUUCCGUUCUGCCUGGUUUCUCGAAGGACUUCUCAUGCAAACAUUGAUUUUUCACCUGAUUCGGACAGAGCAAGUCCCCUUCAUUCAGGAAGUUGCUUCCUGGCCUGUAAUUUUUUCUGCAGUCAUAAUCUCCAGUACCGGCAUUGCAAUCCCAUUCACACAUAUCCUGGGAUUCACGGAUCUCCCUCUUUCUUAUUUUGUGUUUUUGAUAGUACUUUUUCUGGGGUAUUUCAUAGUUGGACAGGUAGUUAAGAAAAUUUACAUUUUUGUGUAUGAAAGAUGGCUUUAAUAACUGGAUGUAAUAAUAUGAUAGGAAUUUCUACAAGAAGCUGCAAUAAAAGUAGGAAGAAAUUCUUCCA